AUUUAAAAUUUGUUCUAAACAAGUAUAUCGUGCUCACUUAGGUAUAGCUUUAGGAUUGAAAAGUUUAACGCAAUGGGAAGUUACACAUUUCACGUGGCUGUUAUAGCAAUAUCGUGCAUAGCACUACAGGGUGUCAGUUAUGCCGAGUUGGAGAGCAACGAACCCUUUGAGUUGGAUGCACCAGAAGAAGUGGCGAUACAAUACGAUUGCGACGAAUACCAAGCGAAGAUCUGGGAUAAGGCUUUAGACAAUAUGGCGGCAAUGGAGUUCGUGAAAAACACGUUAGGAAUCAUCAAAAAAGCGGGCACUAACGAGGUGUGUUCAGACACGAUCCGGUCUCUUAUAAACUUCAUCAAAGUGACGGGCGCCAGUCCGAAUGCACACUACUCUUUUGGAAUGAUGAUGAAGAUGAUUGCGGUCAUUAUUAGAGAAAUUGACACAUCCGGUACGUCGGACCAGUUGAAAGAGACCGGAAAAGUUUUCAAUCAAAUAGUCGGAAAUAAUGACGCCCAAGAUUUGACGUUGAAAUUUAUUAGAAAGUCCAUGGAUUUGCUGAAAAAUCCAAUGACAAGGGAACGAUUAUUCAAAAUGCUGAAAGCCAUAGAGAACGCGAUGAAACCAUCCGAAAGCGAGAUGAUAGUCAAGAACAGGCUUAAUCAAGUCAAGGGGAUAGCCAAAGCUCCCGUAAGCAUUGUCAAGGGUGCCUUCGGCAGAGUUGGAAAUAUGAUGCGAUCUGUCACAAAAUAAAAUAAUUCUCGUAAAGAAAAAAAAAUGUCCACCCCCUAUCAAUUCCUAGUCCAGUCAGUUUCUUAAAUUUUGUUCAAAACUUAUGUGUGAUAUACAUAUAUGAUCUUUA